CUCGCUCGGUCUCGCUUCUUCCUCUGAGCACAGUGAACGUUUCUCGCUGAAGCCUCUUUUGCUCGCAGCAGAUUCCUCGACCGACAUAUCGUUUUACACUUUUCUGUUGUCUGAAAUUAUUCUUUUUUUGUCUCUCUCUUAUUUUUUUAUUUAUUUUUUUGGUCAACGAAACACAGAAGAUUAAUUUGACCAAAAUACACUCAAAUGCGGACGGAACUAACAUUUAACGCCGAGCUGCAAGGCUGUGUUUCCGCAAGUGGCAAGUGUACAGAAGAAGGGUUUCAAUCCUACCCAAUUCUGGGAACUUUUGGAGUGGGAUAAAUGCUUAAAUCCUGCUGGUAUCAUAUCUAUACACAUCAAUGACGUAGAUGGGAAAAGCUUGCUUUAAAACCUAUCCCUUGUGUACUCUAAGUCACCUCAAACGGUUUUUAAUCAACAGAGAACUUUGCUUUGAUUUGCAUAUCCGUUACUGCGGAAGACUUUGAACAACAUAGCAGCUGCCCAGUAUUAACAAUUGGUGCGCUGUGUUCCAACUUCCAAGUAAUGCAAGUGACAGGACCAGUCAAAGCUGGGCGUAUAUUGUGCCAAGCUCUCCCAUGCCACCAAUAACGAAGAUUGAAAGACAAGUUACUCAGGGUGAACUCCAGAAAUCAUGCCAGAGGACCAUAGCUGAGAAGGUCACCGAUAGCUGCCAGCUGAUCUGCCAAUGUAGACCCUACCCUCCUCUACCUCCCCCCCCCCCACCGCCUCCUCCCCCAAGGGUACUGGCUUUUGCAACAGCUGAGUCAACGGUGCCCCUGUUAAAGCCCUGGUGGAAGGAGGUAGUUGUAGGCGGGACAGUGGGAUGUGCCACGCUAGUCUUUCUCCUGGUCAUGGUCAUCAUCUGCUACAAGGCAAUAAAAAGGAAACCACUGCGAAAGGAAGAGAAUGGAACAAGCCGAGGUGAAUAUGCAAUGGCCUCCCGAAACAAGAAAACGGUAGAUGCUAACAAUACGGUCGUAUAAGAUCCAGGAUAAAGAGGAAGGACAGACAGACCCUCGACCCCACUCCCUUCCAAAACACAGCUACUCCCAAACAUAUGACAGAGGAGAUGAAAUUUGAAUACACGACCAAACCAUGCCUGUGUACCAUGGCUUCACUGGGAAAUGGAAGAAAUAGAGAUAAAGUGAGAGCAAGCUUUGGGGCUUAGGACCUCCUUUUCAAAGUGCACACAUAUAAGAUAUUCAGAGCAGGGAGGCAGCCUCGCUCUGAAGUCUUGAUGUUUGUCAGAAGCAAGAAUGAACCUGUCAAUCACAGUAACUUGGAUAAAAAAAAAUAAAAUUAAAAAAAAACUUUGCAUAGACAUUUGAAAAAAAAAAAAAAGAAAAACUAGAAUGUAAAUAAAAAAAAAAACUGCAUGCAGUCUUUGUUGAAUGCAACAACUUUUUAGAUUCCUCUGCCUUUAUUGUUUCUGUCUUCGUUUGAUGUUGCACCAGGGCAUUGUUAUUUGGCAUGAAAUACAAGAGAAGGGGCAGCCCAUUUGAGCCUAAAAUCAAGGCACUGUCUGCAUGGUCUGACCAUUACACUCUACCCCAAAACAAUAAACCAACAAUGUGAAUGAAGAGGGAUAGAUGGUUGGUGCCAAUUUUGUAAACCAAAAAAACUGCAUGCUUUAAAAACUAGGACCAGACUUCCAGUUCCCUGACUAUGCAAUUCGAAGUAGCUAUGGUUUGCUUUUUUUGGGCACCAGCAUCGUUUAUGGAAGAUUUAAAAAAAGGUGCUGUUUUUAAAUCCCACAGUUUAUUUCAUUUGCCUUGUUAUAUUUUUCCCCUGGCAGAAGACUGUUGAUGUUUUCAAUGUAUUUUACAACGUACAAGUAAAUUAAAUAUCCACCUACUCUAGGUUCCAUCUGAAUUUUCACGGUUGUGAACCUUUUUUUUUUUUUUUUUUUUUUAAAUGGCUUCCGUUUGUUUUGUAUUUAUUUUAUUUCAUUGCUCCGCUGUCAUCAGCUUCCUGAAAUACUGGGACUGUGGUCAUAUUCAGAAGCCUGCCUCUGAAAAGCUUGCUGCCUUGUCUGUCUCUGAACAUGAAAUGCAUGGCCAUCGUCACCUCUCUACUCUGGCUUUGCCUCAAGAGAAAGUUAUUUUAUUGGCUAAUUUAAUGUUCAUUAAGUAUAUAACCUACUAAAAUAUUUGUUAAACAGUCAUAACAUAGCAACAUGUAUCACAUUGCCACAGUCAACCUGCUAAACUGUUCUUGUGAGUUCUGUCAGAGAUGAGAUGCUUGUGAAGUGUGGGUGUCGAAGAAACAGAAAGUACUGUAGUUCAGUUAAGGAAACCAUCAGUUUGAUUUGUAUUUCCCCCCAUGUUACUGAGCAUCUCAGAAUAUAUAGAGAAGUUCCAAAAAUAAACUCAUCCUAAAAAGCUGUUUGUCCCUAAUUUGUACACGUGCAUUUACUUUUCAAAAUGAGAAGGAAAAAAAACAUUUGAAAGUUACAAGACUAGAAAUAAACACACUGGUUAUUGAAGCAGAGUUUAUUUAUUUUUUGUUUUACAGUAUAACUGGAAUGGGUAGGGGCUUUCUUUCACAUACAAAAAAAAACAAACAAACAAAAAGCCUUUAAAAAAACACUUUGGUUAAAAUAUAGAAAAAAGUCAUUUCAGUGUGAUUUUACAAAGAGUCUUCUUUAAGUCACACUGGUACUGUACCUGGUAUACUGUUGUCCAUAACAAUGUUGAGUUACCUGGUAGGGAUUUUGGACCUUUUCAAGCAGGUUCAUGUAACUGUUUAAUGUGUCAACACUGUACUUUGUACUUUCUGUGACACUGGUAACUAUUUUCAAGACACUGACAAACAGUAGUGACUGUGUUGGAGGCAGUACAUUUCCCAGCAGGUCCUUCUCCUUUGAGGGUGCAAACUCCAGGAGGUAUGAGAGAAAACUGGCCAUAAAUAGUGAAUAAAAGCUUAGAGAAGACAGGAAGCUGUGGAAUAUGAAGUAGGAAAUACUCUGUCAAAUACUUAAUGUGAUUACCAGCUUAUCCUUCUCUUUCUAAAUGAAAUCUCCCCUCUCGACCAAAAAGAAUAAACCUUGGGAUCCUGCUGAAGAGGUCUGUGCUGUAAAAGCAUCACUUUGCAUGAGAACAGGGGGUCUGACAAAAGCUGGGCGAAGGCAUUCACUGCUAAGGAUGCUCGUGGUUCAAAACAAAGUCUUUUGAUUUUAGUUUUUUUUUUUUUUUUUUUUUUUUUUUUUUUUUAAAUGGAGGGUUUGAAUGGAAUGGAAUGUUUCACGUGUUUUGUAUUUCCAAAAGUUCUUGAGGUCUGGCAUCGUGGCUGAAUUCAGCAAAGGAAAGUGUCUUGGUGCAUCGACCUUUUCUACCAUUCUUUUGAAAGCAGACAUCCCUUUUUAUGUAAUGGAAAUGGCCCCUCAUCUUUAUCACAUUUAAAUGAACUCAAAUCAGUUAUGCCAAAACAGUAAGUAUCUGUGCUUGCAUGCAGUGAACCCCCUACUCUGGACCUGUGCAUAAGUGUGCUUUGCAGCUUUUAGUAGCACUAAAGAUUUUUUGAUUAAGAGCUUGAAGUUACGAUUGGCCUCUGUGGAGCAAGUGCUGAUCUCAAGAAUGGACACGUUUUAACACUUUAGUUGUGCUCUAGGUCUCUUACCAUAAACAUAUUCCAAUAACUCACCUUUCAGUCUGAACACGUCUGAGUCCCCUGACUAAACAAGUGCGGGAUGAGUUCAAUGUUGCUAAAUCUUA